GUUUGGCUUUUGCUUGAGUUCACUAGUUCCAUUCUUCGAAGCUUCAGGGAUAUUGCCUUUCUUAUACGAGAAUAUCUCCGUUGCUUUGACAGUUGACCACAAAAAUUCACCGCGCUUGAAAACCUGAAGAAGGUUUUGCAUAAUUGGAGUACUAAAACGAAAACAAAUCUAUUCGAAGUAAAUACUGAAUUUGCAGUAUCGUGAAGUUGAUCUUAUUUGUAAUGAUCAUGGCAUUGACAGGGAGGAAUUUUCAAGCAAAUCAUGUUCAGCAGCAGGGCACAAGUAGUAGUGGUAGUAGUAGUAAUAGUAGUAUUAGAAUCAAUCUGAAAGGCAUGGAACCUAAACUAUACCUUGCAGCAUCAAGUGGAUUAUUUGAAGAGAUGAGUUGUAUUUCCAAUUGGAAGGAACAGACAACAACAAGUGGAAACAAUGUCCUCCACGUUCAUGUAGCCAAAACGCUCCAUGAAGCGUCCAAGGGUGACAAGCACAAAGUCUGCAUCGACUUCAUUAAAGAUAUUCUCACCGAUCAUCAAGUAGGAGAUUCGUUGUUGUGGAAGAAGAACAACAACAGUGACAUCCCUCUGCACCUGGCUGCUAGGUUUGGGAGGUGAAUCAAGAGGAGGUGACGAGGAUGAUGAGGGUGGUCAACAAGAACAAGGAUACAGCCUUACAUGAUGCAGCUCGGGAGGGUCAUGCUGCUGUGGUGAAAUUGCUAUUGGAGGCAGAUAAUAAUUGGCCACAUGAAGCUAACGAGGUAGGUGAGAUUCCACUCUAUCUUGCUGCUGAGAGGGGAUCUACUACUUUGGUGGCUAUGAUUUUAGACAAUUGUCAUCCAUCAGCUUUGGGUGGUUAUCAUCAUAAAGGUCCCUGUGGCCGCACCCCACUCCACGCUGCAGUUCAAUGGGGUAAACCAGUCAAGAUUGACUGGAGCAGAUGGAUCGUGAAAGAUGCAAUUACAAGUUGAAAGAGCUCAAUAUUAUCGUUUUGUCUUGUAUGACCGUUUAAUACUUUUAGUUUAAAUAGACCACCUAGUAAUCGAGUUGUAAUAGUUUGAGUAUUGUAAGCCUUAGCACUUGACAAUGUGAUUAAGUGUGGCGGUGAUACCUCCGAUUUAGGUGUAAGUUUCCGCAAAUUUAUUAUAAAGUCUUUUAUAUUCUUA